AUGUUUAUUCAUAUCAAGCCCCAUACUGGUACCAUGUCUUUGACACAUCAUGUGCCAUGUCCGAUCUUCUCUCCAUCUAGCUUGAUGAUUGAUGAUUGGGUCCAUGAGAGCCUUGGCUUUGGUACAAGCCAUGUAAUUGUUCCAGCAUCAAAGCCUUUAUCCUUUGGAUCUAGGGAGUUGAUGCCUCCAACUAAUCUGAUGCCACAACAAACAACAUUUCCUGAAUCGACAUCACUUGAAAUCGUAAGGGUAGAAAAGCGUUUGCGGCUAUUUGGGGUCGACAUUGACAUCCCUUCUCAUGAUUGUGGUGAUGAUUCUUGCAGUGGAUUCACCAAGAAUGCUGCUUCAAUUGUCCUAAACAUUUUGGAUGAAGAAAUCACUCUAUAG